GGCUUUGAGAGUUUGAGGUUAGCGAGUGUCCGGUGAGGUUCGAAUUUCUCAUUGCGGGUUGCUACACGGGCGACGUAGCUCAGCAGUGGCAGACGCGUUUCGUCGUUGCGAGUGAAAGCACACGUGCGCCGAGCAUUCAAGUGGCACAGCUGUAACAGCCACCGUUCACGUGAAUUCGACGUUCACACGUUACGUACGGCAAAGUGGACUCGAUGUCGAUAACAUGUCGGCUACGAACAACAUCAGGACGACGCGGAUGCACAGGAUGGCCUGUCGGGCCGUUUGACGAUUACUUAUGAAUCCACGGAGAGGUCUGAGAAGGAGGUGUCUACGGUAUAACAACAUGGUGAAGGAGAAGGCGAAUUCAAUCCGUAUCUAUGAUUCGGAGGGCUACAGACGCAGAGCUGCCUGCAUUUGCGUAAAAAACGAUCUAGAAGAUGAGGUACUAUUAGUUACAUCCAGUCGAAGACCAGACAGUUGGAUAGUACCAGGCGGUGGUGUCGAACCUGAAGAGGAACCAGCGGUUACGGCUCUUCGCGAAGUUCGGGAAGAGGCCGGUGUUCUAGGACAAUUAGGUCGUUGCCUCGGCACAUUUGAGGUUAUAACUCGUGAUAAUGUAGAACACAAACAUAGAACAGAAGUGUGGGUUAUGCGAGUAACAGAGGAGCUGCCAGAAUGGGAAGAUUCCCGCGCUAUUGGUCGAAAACGAAAGUGGUUCACCAUACCGGAGGCCCUGCUGCAACUUGGUCAGCACAAGCCCGUCCAGCGCUCUUACUUGCACAGUCUCCAUGAUACAAAUCCUCGAUAUAAUCCCACUUCUCAGCUGUCUAACCAUUCGCACUCUACAAUGGCAUCUAUCGAACUAAUGAAUAACUCUAGUAACAAUGCCCAUUUGAGUGAACACAGCUAAUAUCGUCUCGAAUUAUACGUUUCUACCGAAAUUUGAUUGCCAUGAAUUCUCGGAGCAAUUUACUGUUACUCCUCCUUUCUCCCCUUAAGGGAAUUAUGAUAACUACUGCUGUGUUUUAUACGUAUAAAUUAAUAUUACCUAUACACUUAUUAUUAUAUUAUUCUUAGGUUAAGUAUUACUACUAUUAUUAAUACUAUUAUUAUGUUUACUCUUUCGUAUAGAUUGUUUAUAAAUUAGUUCUUAAAGGAGCACUUUUUUGUAGUCAAGUCCUCAUUUCUGAUGUAACUUUUUAUAAGGUAUGAGAAAAGUAAGUCAAUUGUUUCAUUAUCAUUUAAUGUUUGUGCCUAAUAUGCAUAGAAUGUCACGUGAUCCUUUUUCAUCCAUCGCAUAUUCUGGGUAUACACUUGCACGAAUACUAUUGUAACUUUUUCUACAUUUUCUCAAGGCGAAGAAAAAGUUACGUAUGUGUUAGCAUACAGAUGGUAAAUUAUAUACUUUGUAUAUUAAAUUCUUAAAUAAAUUUUGUAAUGAUUUCUGCGAAUUAUAUAAGGAUGCGCGCAAAAA